AUGUCUACUAAUCCUUUCCUUGAACAAGUGAGGUCUUCAUUCCAACGUUCGAGAUCUUUGAACGCAGGGCCAUCUUUGCAACCAAACCGGGUGAUCUCUGAAAUUCAGAAUCGUCUAGAAAAAGAGUUAGCAACUGCAAAAGAGCAAGCCAUUGCCACAUUUGAAGGUCUUGCUAUCCACACUGACCUCCCAGGGUCUUCACCUUCAAAUUCGGAAUCAAGUUCAGACCAAGAAGAAGAAGAGAUGGCUGCCAAUGAGUUCAUGGGAGACCUUGAUAUCCCAACAAUUCCAGCAUCCCCUUCAAGCAUCUUGCUGCCCACCGCAGCUCGAAACUAUGAGCUUAAAUCUUCUCAUCUUAAUAUGCUCCCUUCUUUUUAUGGUUUACCUAAUGAAGAUCCAUUAACUCAUAUAAAGGAUAUUUUUAAUGUUGUGAGCUCUUUUCCCUUGACAGGUGUGACAGAAGAGCAACUUCGAAUGAGAGUGUUUCCGUACACUUUGAAAGAUAAAGCGAAAUAUUGGUUGAAUUCUUUGAAGCCUGGUUCACUCAUGACUUGGGGAGCCAUUCAAAAGAAGUUCUUGGAGAAAUAUUUCUCCACGCAAAAAACCGACAUGCUCAGGGACAAGAUCCUUCUAUUUGCACAACAAGAUGAUGAUUCGUUUUGUGAAGCAUGGGAGAGAUUCAACGGGCUGCUCAAUCAAUGUCCUCAUCAUGGGAUUCCAUUGAAGCUUCAGAUGUGUAUGUUUUAUAAAGGACUAACCCCCUCUAGCCAUAAUAUUUUCACUAAUUUUGCAGGUGGUUCUUAUAAGACUAAAACUCCAGAAGAAACAUAUGAACUCUUUGAGGAGAUAGCAAUGGAGACCCAACACACCGAUACAAGAGGUAAGCGUAUUGCUGGUGGUUCUAAUGAUUCUUCCAGUGUGCAGAUUUCCAAAUUGGAACAAAAGCUAGAUGCCCUCCUUGCAUUGAACUCAAGAAACCCUUUGAAGGAAGUGUGUAGCAUCUGUGAAACUCAUGAUCAUCCUACCAUUUCUUGUCCCUUUGGGGCUGCAUAUCCAGAAUUUGUGCAAAAGCAAGCUAAGUUGGUGAAUUCCUACAACCGAGGUCCAAUAAAUGACCCAUAUUCUCAAAGUUAUAAUCCAGGUUGGAGGAAUCAUCCAAACUUUUCAUGGAGGAAUACACAGAAUCAAGCGAAUCCCCCUUCACUUCAAAGGCCACAACAAUCAUCAUCGUUGGAGGAUAUAGUGAAGCAAAUGGCAAUCAACCAAUCCAAUUUCCAGCAAACAACACAAGCUGCCAUCUCCAAGUUGGAAGUCCAAUUGGGCCAGAUAGCUACUGAAAUAGCUCAAAGAGAACCUGGGAAAUGGCCAAGUCAAACCGUGAUCAAUCAAAAAAACCAAGAAGCCAAGGCCGUUCAUGUGCUCAGAUCAGGUAAGAUUGUUGAUAACAAAGUUGGUUCUGAUCUAUCAAAUGAUGUUGUGGUUGUAGAGGAUGAAGAUGAAGAGGAAACCACAACUAUGGAAGGAGAACAACCCAAAACGUCCCAAUCUGCUCCUAAGGCCAAAUCUGAUUCUCAGGAACCCAAUCCAUUUCAAUUGCAUAAAAGAGAUGACAAAUUUGUGCCAUCACAUCUUCAUCAAGAUAGAUACAUCCCACCUCCUCCAUAUAUUCCACCGAUUCCAUUUACAGGCCGUUUGAAGAAAGCAAAUCAAGAUAAGGCUUUUAAAGAGAUUUAUGAUAUUUUGAGUAAAGUUAAUAUCAAUUUGCCCUUGCUUGAUGUUGUUAAACAGAUUCCUGCAUAUGGAAAGUUCAUCAAGCACUUGAUGACUCACAAGCUCAAUUUUACUCCAAGUGAAGAAGUAAAGCUCAACAAGAAUGUGAGUGCUGUGUUGCAAAGGAAGCUUCCACCAAAACUAGAAGAUCCUGGCAGCUUUAACAUUCCCAUUAACAUCGGAGAUAAGGCGGUUGGAAGAGCCAUGUUGGACUUGGGAGCAAGCAUCAAUGUAAUGCCAUAUUCAGUUUAUCAGGCGCUUGGCUUAGAAGGGAUAAAGAAAACCUCAAUUAGUCUUGAACUAGCUGAUCAUUCUAUCAAAUAUCCAAGAGGUAUUGUAGAAGAUAUUUUAGUUCAAGUUAAUACACUCAUUCUUCCGGCUGAUUUUGUAGUGAUGGAUAUGGAGGAUAACCCAUAUGUAGACCGUGUUGAUCCCAUUCUCCUCGGGCGACCAUUCAUGGCCACUGCAGACACAAUCAUCAAAGUGAAAGAUGGCACCCUCUCCAUGACUGUUUUGGGUGAAACUGUUGAAUUUAAAGUGUUUGAUGCUCUGUCUCAACCUUCUAUCACUCUUGAUACUUGUUUUUCAAUUGAUGUUGUGGAUCAUGAGGUUUCUUCUAAAAUUGUGCUGAAAAAGUCUAAUGAUGCUUUGGAAGCGGUCCUAACACAAGAAGAGGAAGAUCUCUUUGAAUCAGAGUUCCAAGAAGUGAUGGCUGCCUUAGAAGUGUUUCAACCAUACCCACCAUCCUUUAGGCCACCACUUGAGCCUCUUGCAUCAUCCUCCACAAAAUUGGAGCCAUCCAUUAUCCCCCCACCAAAGCUAGAACUUAAACCUCUACCCAAUCAUCUUAAAUAUGCUUAUUUGGGUGCUAAUGAAACCCUCCCUGUUAUAAUUGCUGCAAGUCUCACUUCACAUGAAGAGGACAGUUUAAUUGAAGUUCUGAAAGAACAUAAAACAGCCCUUGGAUGGACCAUAGCAGACAUCAAAGGAAUUAGUCCAAGCAUGUGCAUGCACCGAAUUUUAAUGGAAGAAGACAGCAAACCAUCUCGUGAUGCACAAAGUAGGCUAAAUCCCAAUAUGAAGGAGGUGGUUAGGGCUGAAGUUUUGAAGCUACUUGAUGUGGGAAUCAUCUACCCAAUUUCAGAUUCUAAGUGGGUGAGUCCUGUGCAAGUGGUUCCAAAGAAGUCCGGAAUCACCGUUGUAAAGAAUUAGAAGAAUGAGCUAGUUCCAACACGCACUAUCACCGGUUGGAGAGUUUGCAUUGAUUAUAGGAAGUUGAACACAUCCACGAGAAAAGAUCAUUUUCCCUUGCCUUUUAUUGAUCAAAUGCUUGACCGUUUAUCUGGCCAUGCUUACUACUGUUUUCUUGAUGGAUUUUCAGGUUAUAAUCAAAUUCCCAUUGCUCCGGAAGACCAGGAGAAAACCACGUUCACAUGCCCAUUUGGUACAUUUGCUUAUAGAAGGAUGCCAUUUGGUUUGUGCAAUGCUCCAGCAACUUUCCAAAGAUGCAUGAUGGCAAUCUUUUCUGAUAUGGUGGAACGAUUCAUGGAGGUAUUUAUGGAUGAUUUUUCAGUUUUUUGUUCAUCUUUUGAUGAUUGCCAUGUUGUUUCAAACAAAGGAAUUCAAGUGGACAAAGCCAAGAUAAAUAUCAUCACAAAUCUACCACCCCCUUCCUCUGUUAAAGGAGUUAGAAGCUUUCUGGGCCAUGCCGGAUUCUAUAGAAGGUUCAUAAAAAAUUUUUCAAGCAUUUCAAGACCAUUGUGUAAUCUCCUUGCUAAGGAUGCUGUUUUUGAGUUUGACGAGAUUUGCAUGGAAGCCUUUACGACUUUGAAGAAAGAGCUAACUUCAGCCCCUAUUAUCAUAGCUCCAGAUUGGUCUUUACCAUUUGAAAUAAUGUGUGAUGCCUCUGACUUUGCUAUUGGUGCAGUUUUAGGUCAAAAGAAGAACAAGCUUCCCCAUGUGAUUCAUUAUGCAAGUCGGACCUUGAAUGAUGCCCAACUCAAUUACUCCACAACAGAAAAGGAGUUGCUUGCUGUGGUUUUUGCUUUAGAAAAAUUUCGUCCUUACCUUGUUGGUUCUAAAGUAAUUGUUUAUUCUGACCAUGCAGCUCUUAGAUACUUGCUCACUAAGAAGGAUGCCAAACCUCGCUUGAUCAGAUGGAUUCUCUUGCUGCAAGAGUUCGAUUUGGAGAUUCGAGACAAGAAGGGAUGUGAAAAUGUGGUGGCUGACCAUUUGAGCAGCAUUGUGGUUGAAGAGCAAGGAGAAGCUGUACUACCAUUGAAUGAGACUUUCCCAGAUGAACAACUAUAUGUUGCCCAAGUCAAAGAGCCAUGGUAUGCUGAUUUUGUUAAUUAUCUUGCUUGUGGUGUUCUUAGAAAUGAUCUAACUUAUCAGGACAAAAAAAAGUUCUUUUCCAUGGUGAAACAUUAUGUCUGGGAUGAACCUUUCUUAUUCAAGCAUUGCCCAGAUCAACUCAUUAGAAGAUGUGUUCCAGAAGAAGAACAAGAAAGCAUCCUUAGGCAUAGCCACGAAUUGUGUGAUAGGUGUAAAAGGAUGGGAAACAUAAGCCGCAGGAACGAACUGCCAUUGAAGAACAUACUCUUUGUGGAACUCUUCGAUGUAUGGGGUAUUGAUUUCAUGGGACCAUUCCCAUCUUCCUUUGGUUAUACCUACAUACUUGUUGCUGUUGAUUAUGUGUCUAAAUGGGUGGAAGCCAUAGCCACCAAAACCAAUGAUCAUAAGGUGGUCCUGAAGUUCUUGAGGGACAAUAUUUUCACAAGGUUUGGUACUCAAAGGGCUGUCAUUAGUGAUGGAGGCAGCCACUUCUGCAACAAGCUAUUUGAAGCACUCAUGAAGAAGUACAAUAUCACCCACCGAGUCUCUACACCAUAUCAUCCUCAAACUUCUGGUCAAGUAGAAAUAAGCAACAGAGAAAUUAAGCAGAUCCUAGAGAAGGUGGUGAAUAGUACAAGGAAAGAUUGGGCUGCCAAGCUCAAUGAUGCAUUAUGGGCUUAUAGGACUGCAUAUAAGACUCCCAUCGAAAUGAGCCCUUAUCGUCUUGUGUUUGGGAAAGCCUGUCACUUGCCAAUGGAGCUUGAACACAAUGCUUUUUGGGCCAUCAAGAAGUUGAAUUUUGAUCUGGACAAGGCCGGCCAUGUUAGAAAGUUUCAGCUCAAUGAAUUGGAAGAAAUUCGACAUGAGUCCUAUGAGAAUGCAAAGCUAUACAAAGAACGUACCAAGAGUUACCAUGACAGGAACAUUCAACGGAAAAAAUUCACCAAAGGUAUGUCAGUUCUUUUGUUUAACUCACGUUUGCGUCUCUUGCCAGGAAAAUUGAAGUCUAGGUGGCUUGGCCCAUUCACCGUGGUCAAUGUAUCUCCCUAUGGAGCUGUGGAGAUUCAAAAUCCUAAAGAUGGCUCGACUUUCAAAGUAAAUGGACAACGUUUAAAGCCAUUCUAUGAGGGAGUGUCGGUUGGAAUUCAAACUGGUCAUGUGGUGGAUCAUCUUCCCUUCGUACAAUCAAGUUAGCUAAUGGCAUAAUGUCUUGCCAAGACAUUAACUAAGGCGCUUCUUGGGAGGCAACCCAUGUGUUGAAGAAUAAGGUGCUUGGU